AGGUUGAGUUCGCUCUACGUUCUUUCAACUUCAUGCUUGUUUUUUUUUAAGUGGAACAAAAGCUGAGGGUUCAACCUGAAAAUGUUUUCCUGAAGCUGUGUGAGACAGACGUACAGGGAGAUUGUAAUUUGUGGACACGAUCAGCUGGAAUAAUUUGGAAGUCCUCUACACGCGAAGGCUUGUGUUAUUGAAGCCGACUCUUGCCAGAUCCGCGUUGUGGUGGAGUGAGAGGGAGGAACAGGCCCCUCGGUAGACAUGAAGUGUGAUAAAUGUACUAAAAAUAAAUGCACUAAAAAACAGAAAAAUACUGAAAACGAAAGUCUGGUCAACGACUCGAAGAGUCCCAUCAGCGACAAUGACGAGGAAAGUGAAUUUCACAAACUAGCAAAUGCCAAAAUAUUUCUCAGUGACUGCCUGGCUUGUGAUAAUUGUGUGACAUCAACAGAAAGUCUGCAGAUCGCCCGACAGUGUCAAGAGGCGUUCCUCUCCGUUCUCAGCCUGAACCAGAGAUGUGAUGUGUCCAAACACAAAGUGCUGGUAGUUUCAAUUUCCCCGCAAUCGGUGCCCUAUUUUGCUGCUAAACAUUGUAUAAAUGUUACUGAUGUAAUCCAAAGACUUUCCGGAUUCUUGAAAGGCCUUGGAGUCCAUUAUGUCUUUAAUAUGACAUUGGCAGCUGAUUUCAGCCUUCUCGAGAGUCAGAGAGAAUUUGUUCAGCGCUUUUGCCAGAGAAGCCAAGACCAACAUGCUUUACCAAUGUUUGCCUCUGCCUGCCCAGGCUGGAUUCGCUAUGCUGAAAAAGCCCUAGGCAGCCUUGUACUUCCCCACAUCUGCACUGCUAAAUCACCACAGCAAGUCAUGGGCUCUCUGAUAAAGGACUAUUUUGCCAAAAAGCAGCAUCUCACCCCAGAUAAGAUCUUCCAUCUAGUUAUAACCCCUUGUUAUGAUAAAAAAUUGGAGGCACUUGGAGAAGACUUUUACAGCAGUGUUUACAAAAUACAGGGUGUUGACUGUGUAUUAACUUCAGGUGAGAUAAUGCAGAUGAUGGAACAAAAAGGUCUCCUUUUGACAAAUGUGGAGCCAGCACCUUUAGACAAUAUGUUUGAAGGAAUUGGUGAUAUGUGUAUUACAAGACAUGAUGGCAGAGGGUCUGAUGGCUUCCUAGAACACAUUUUUAAAUAUGCUGCUAAAGAAAUCUUUGGUAUUGAGGUCAAUGAAAUCACAUACAAGGCACUCAGGAAUAAAGACUUUCAGGAAGUAACUUUGGAAAAAGAUGGUGAGAUUGUUUUACGAUUUGCAGCUACCUAUGGAUUCAGAAACAUUCAAAAUAUGGUUUACAAACUGAAGAAAGGGAAGUUUCCUUAUCACUUUGUUGAAGUUCUUGCAUGUCCAGGAGGAUGCCUCAAUGGAAAAGGUCAAGCAAUGACAGAGGAUAGGAAGAUGGAUAAAGACUUGCUGCACCAGAUGGAGGGAGUGUACACUAGUCAGCCUGUCCAAGUCCCAGAAGCCAACAUGCAUGUCCAAAUGCUCUAUCAGGAAUGGUUGGAGGGAAGAAAUUCCACCAAAGUUCAAGAGGUCCUGCAUAGACAGUACCACGCAUUGAGUGAAAUGUCAAAUAGCAUAGACAUCAAGUGGUAGGCCAUCUGGUUCUGGACCACAGGAUUUUUGGAAUCCCAAUUCAGGAUUCAGAAUUUCCCCAGGGAACAUUGGUACUCUUUUGUACUAAUAAAGGUGCAAUUUAGACCACAUAACUUCAGCCACUGAGAUACAAAAGUAACACUUUUUUCUCAUGGUAAGGGAUACAAACUUAAAAUAUGUAAUUGUCCAGGACUUUGUUCUCCAUGGAUAUCUUUGGGAUGUGCUUGUCUUUGAAGCCACUUGAUGAAUGUUGCCAUUCUUUGCGCUUGCUUCCAUAUGAAUACAGCCAUGACAUGGCCAGAAUAUAAUACAUAAACUCAAUUGUGUUUUUCUCAGAAGGAGGAUCAUCAGUGAUGUAAAAAUAAUACUGUGUUCUUCAGAUGCUCCUCAUCCUUAGAAUUCUUCUUUGUAGAUUAUACAAUUUAUUUUAAUGUUUUAUAUAUGUCUGUAUGGUUUUGAGAAGGGGGAGUUGUCUAGAACUGAAGGAACUAAAUUGAUGCUUGACCUUGAAACUAUGAAGAAAAAUGUGUAUGUCAAAAAUAUUUGGUUGUGGUCUCCAUUAGCAACCUACAGUUUUGUAUCUCCUGACUUUGCAAAUACAUGUUAGUAUACUUAAGGAGCACUUGUGAUUGAAAAGGACUAUAUCUGUGGUUCAGAUGUUAAGUCCAUUAAAUCUAAGCUGGAUAACUCAGUUAUUGGACAUUUUAUUAAUUCAGUCCGUUCAAGGUAAACUUUUUUUACAGUCCUGUAUGUUCCUGUUGUGGGCAUUUCUAUAAUCUUUCAAUUGUAAAGAUGCAUUUAUGAAGAUUAAUGCUUACUCCAUUAGCUAUGGUCUGAUGACACAAUUGAAUGUAGUCUCAAAAUCUGCUAUCAAACUUUUUUUUUGAAAUGGUGCAUACUCGAAACAGACUAGCACUUUACCUGCUAACAUAAAUACAUUUUUAUUUAUAUUUAAUGGUACAAAAAUGAGUAAUGUUUCAAUUACCCUUCAUUUGAGCAGUUUUAAGUGACUGUAGUAGUAACUUCUGUUCUUUAAUGAAAGAAGUUUGUCUUCAUAAUAUAUUGAUUGCUCCCCCUGCCCCUGCUUUCUUCUUUCCCAGUUCAAAUGUUUGUUUCCCUUAAAGAUUUUAUAAAAAGAUCUAUUUCUCAAAGUUGGUGCUGUUAUAUGGUAGGUAUUGGAAACAACUCUUCAGUGAGUUCUGCAAUGCCCUCCCUUGAACUUCCUAAUUUCAAUUAUUACACCUUUUCUAAUCAACAUACCAUCUUACCAUAAUAGUUAUAAUAUAAUGUGCAAGUAAAUGAGGCAUAUCUGAAAUAGAGACAAGAAUGCUUAUCAUUGUCUGUCUACUUUUACUAGUGUAUGUUGCAAUUUGAUUUGUUUUAACAAAUGAUAUCUUUGAUAUUGCAAUACACAGCUUUGAGUUAGAAUAUGACCACUUUAAUGAGUCACUUUUAAUUGAAAUGACUUGCUUCAUCCUUUUUUAUAAAAACACCUUUAUCUGUCCACCCAACUCCACUUCCAUGAAAAGAAAUUAGUGCUUUAUAUAUACACCAUUAUAAUAAAUUUCUGUGAAUUUACCAUGAAUCAUUUUGCCCUUAAAACUGAGCAUUAAAGUAUGGAAAAUUGAUACUGGUGCUAAUGUUAGGAAGUUGGAUCAGACACUUCAAUGUAUCAGACACAUUUCUUUUGAAACUAAAUAUUGUAGUUGGGGCUGUAACCAUUUAACCCCAACUCCAAUGUGAUUGUGAACACUGUAACAUUCUCUAAGCUCAACUCCAUGCAGGUUGUACAUGUCUUGCUACCAAGUGAUAUUAAAUAAAAUUUCUGGAAUUUUUCAUUUGUAAAUUUAA